AUGAGUUCGGAGAAGAACGCAACCCCGCCCAGCCCCGUGUUGUGCGAAAACAAUUGUGGGUUCUACGGAAACCCAGCGAAUAACAAUUUGUGUUCCAAAUGCUUUCGAGAAUUUCAAGAAAAAAAAAAAAAGGAAAUUUCAAAUGUCGAAAAAAUAAAUGAGAAAAAUGUGUCUGAUAGUUUACACAAUUAUAAUACAACAAGUAAUAUAAUGGAACCAAGUUACAGAAACGAGGAAGCGAAAGAAAAUGAAAAAGCUCAUUUUAUAAGAAGUGAGAAUUCAUUGUUAAACCAAGGGUUAUCCAUCGCUAACAUUAAUGUGGAGACAGAGAAUAAUGAAAAUAAUAAUAAUACCACUACUACAGCUACGGAUACUGCUACUACUACGAGUAAUAAUAAUAAUGAUGAUAAUGAAAAUGAUGAUAAUAAUAAUAAUCAUAAUGAGAACAAUCAAAGCGUAAGCGAUAAUAAUAAUAAUAAUAAUAAUAAUAACAAUGUUUCCUGUAGCACAAGCACAGACCAGAAUUCUGGUGUUAAUACAAACGAAUCCGAAGAAAAAAAAAAAUGUUUCUUUUGUUGCAAACGAAUAGGGCUUCUAGGAAUAAAAUGCAGAUGCAAUCAUUACUUCUGUUCACUUCACAGAUAUGCUGAUGCUCAUAAUUGUACAUUUGAUUAUAAAAACUAUCACAAACAACAGUUAAUAAAAAACAAUGUGAAGGUUGUUGCUGAUAAAGUUAAAAAAAUAUGA